GACAUCACAUAUCGUAAAAUUAGUUUCACUUUUCAAAAAACGAGAUCAUCUACAUUUCUUUAUCUAAAACAGCUGUGCUUGUUCACUUCCAAUAAGAAGAAGCUCUUUCACACAUCUUGUUUGUACAAAUAUAUGUACAAACAUUUCUCUCUAACUCAAGUUGGAAUUUCAUAUGAACUGAAGUCAUAGCAGCAUUACAAGAUGGCAAAAUCACUGGAGCUUCUCAAUUUAGGCGAGAGAUGGUUGGAGAACCUGCUUAAAUGUCCUGUAUGCGAUAAUUUCUAUGACGAACCACGACAGUUGCCUUGUGGGCAUAAUUUCUGUAGACAGUGCCUGUCUGUCUAUUAUUUCAUUCCGCUUGAACAGUCACACUACAUGCACUGUCCAGAAUGCAGUAUGAUGUUCAUAUUAACUAAGGAUCCAACAGAACAUAAGUGUUUCACACUUUGUAGCAUCGUUGAGGACUUCCGAAAAUCCAUUCAAGAUGCAGGUGCUGCUGUUAUAUAUUGCUGUAUAUGUCAUACGGAAGGGGCAAUUAAAGAGGCAGUGACGACGUGUUUGAUGUGUGAGGUAUCUCUGUGUGAUGAGCAUGUUCACCAGCAUCGUGAAGUGUUUCAGGAACACUUGCUGGUCGAGCCACCUAUGGACUUGAGUGAAAUGAAAUGCAUGAAUCACACUAAUCUGGUCCUGAAAUACAACAGCCCUUUGUCCAACACAAGCACCUGCAAUACAUGUGCAUUAGAGAGAAAGUGGAUGGACCAAAUUAAAGAAAACUUAAGUUACCUGGGAGAACGAUUUGAGAUUUAUAUCAAGAGUCACCAUAGGGGUCUUGAAAAGAUAGUAGAUAACAGUCACAACGUUCUCAAGUCCCAAACUGUUUUUCUCAGAGAAAACACCGUGCCAAACCAAAAGACUGAGGAUGUCUAUUUUGGAGCUGUUGCUUUAAUUCUGCUCUUAAGUUGCUUUUGUGUGCUAAGUACGUAUAUCGAAAACAACAAGAUCAGAAGCACUGUACUAACUCAAAGUACACAACUGCAAGAGCUCUUCCAUUACCUCUCUGAUGCUGAAUGUUUUGAUCCAUCUACAUCAUCAUCAACCAACAAAGUGCAUAGCCCAAGCACUCAACUGAUGAAUUUUUUGACCCUUGAUUUGGACUCUUCAAGCCCCUUUCUCAAAGUGUCUCCGGAUCUCAUGUCUGUGGAGCGAGUUGAUCAUAAACUCCCCCUACCCUCACAUCCAUCCCGUUUCAGAGAGACCCCUCAGAUCCUUACCCAUCAAUGCUUUUCCUAUGGGAGGCACUACUGGGAAGUGAUUCCUGAGGGAGUCUGGGAUGUCGCAGUGUCCUACAAAAGCAUUAAACGGAAUGUCAAAGACUUUUUUGGAUAUAACAAGAACUCUUGGAGUCUCACGAGAAAGUUCAACGGUUCUCUUGUUGUCUACCACAACAGGACACAGACUAUGGUUUCCAGGUCCUUGGACUAUCAAAAGGUUGCAAUAGCUAUUGAUUUCCAAGAGGGGUCCAUCACCUUCUCAGAGGUUGGGAAGCAAAUCAACCUAUUGCACAAGUUCAGAUCUCAGCUCACUCAACCUGUUUGCCUUGGCUUUGGAUUGUACAAAACAUAUCCACCAAGCAGAAUAACCAUUGUUAAAAAAAUCCCCUUUCCAAUGGCUGUUUGAAAAGCAUA